GUCCAACCUCCCAAUCUCCGCCAACGCCCACCAUGAGCAAGUUCUCCCAAGCCCCCCACAAGGUCGGCGGCCUAGCCCCGUUUACCUUCUCCAUAUCCAAGGAGGAGUUGGACGAUCUCAACACGCUCCUCAAGCGACCUUUCCCAGCCGUCUGGGAAAGCAGCAGCCAGGAAAACUCACGUUACGGUGUCACUCACGAGUGGUUUUCCAACGCAAUCUCGCAGUGGAAGAACUAUGACUGGCAAAAGUACCAGGAUAGCAUCAAUGGCGUGCCAAACUUCAAGGUACCAGUCGAGGACGACGGCGAGACAUACAACAUCCACUUCGCAGCCCUGUUUUCUCAGAACAAGAACGCCACUCCCCUCCUCCUGAGCCACGGCUGGCCCGGCUCAUUCCUGGAGUUCCUACCAAUCCUCAACAAGGUGCAGAAGCAGUACGCCUCUGACCCUGCAUCUCUACCAUACCACCUCAUUGUCCCGUCCUUGCCCGGAUAUGGCCUCACCAAAAUCUCCGCCAACAAGAACAUAACCAUGGAGAUCUGCUCUCGAAUCCUCAACAAGCUGAUGGUGAAGCUCGGAUUCAACCAGUACAUCGCACAAGGAGGCGAUGUUGGCUCGAUGGUCACCAAGAUGGUCGUGGAGGAGUACGAGGAGUGCAUAGCCGGACAUACCAACAUGCUCACGUUGAACCCGCCGGAGGGCGAUGUCCCCAAGCCGACGCAGACCGAACAGGAGGCUCUGGAUCGUAGCGCGACGUUCUGGGCGUCCGGCUCGGCUUACGCUCUGCUCCAUGGCACCAAGCCAUCCACAGCCGGCUUUGCCAUUGGAAGCAGCCCUCAGGCUUUAUUGGCGUGGAUCGGCGAGAAAAUGAUCGAUUGGUCGGACGAGACCCCCUCCGUUGAGACCAUUCUCGGCAACGUUUCUCUCUACUGGUUUACGGGCUGUUACCCAACUUCAAUUUGGCCCUACCGUCAGAUUAUCGGCCCAGAUGCGAAAGACCGCAUCGCGGCGGGCAGCAUGGACAAAGUCAACAAGCCGUUUGGAUACUCCUGGUUUCCUAUGGAGCUCGGUUUCGCCCCAAAGAGUUGGGCUGAUGCGACUGGAAAAGUUUCCUUCUACAGGGCACACGAUAAGGGAGGCCACUUUGCCGCGCUCGAAGUGCCCGACGUCCUCUGGCAGGACAUUGUGGAAUUUGUGGACUAUGUCAAUUCCACAAGGAAGUAAGGUUAUGGAAUAUCACCAGGGCAGAUCAUCAAAAUGCGGCGAGACGCCAGCUGCGGUUAGAGUACCACAAUGGAAUAUGCCAGAACUUGCACUGUCAACUUGGGUUCGAUACUGAGCGGAUCUUCUUUUCAGAGUGACAUUCC